UCUCCGCGGACGAAACCAGGUGCCCGGAAUGGCCACGCCUUUGGAACUGGCACGCCUUGUCGUGCGCCAGGCCACCGACACACCGGCCGCUACCCCCGAGGAAGACGCAACAUCCGGAACCUGUGCCACCGGCAAUGACUAUGACGGGCGCAUGGGCGUCCGAAUUUCUUCAAUAUUUGUCAUCCUCAUUGGUUCCUGCUUGGGCGCCAUAUUUCCUGUCUUUGCGAGACGAUCGCGUGGUGCACUGAAGGUUCCAGAUUGGGCCUUCUUCAUCGCCAAAUACUUUGGAUCGGGUGUUAUCAUCGCCACAGCUUUCAUCCAUCUUCUUGCCCCCGCUAACGAGGCCCUUGGGGACGAGUGCUUGACGGGCGUCAUAUCCACCGAGACAUACCCUUGGCCGGAAGCGAUAGCACUUAUGAUGGCCUUUGUCAUGUUCUUCUUGGAGCUCAUGACCAUGCGCUACGCCAAGUUCGGCGAGGACGCUCAUGCUGGCCACGCACAUGGCCCUCACCCGCCGGCCGAUAACCGGAAUACACCGAGUCUAGACGACCGCAACAAGGAAAACCCUAAUGACGAAGGGACCGACAACCACUAUACUCCCGGAGUUGACCAUCUCGGACAUGCUCGAGACCACCGGGACAAUGCGGAUAUCGAUGAGGACUGGCAACGAGGUGGCGUCGUUCCCGAGACGUAUUCCGCCCAGUUGACCUCCAUCUUCAUUCUCGAAUUCGGAGUCAUCUUCCAUUCCGUCUUCAUUGGUCUGACCCUUGCUGUCGCCGGCGACGAGUUUAUCACGCUCUACAUUGUCCUUGUUUUCCACCAGACAUUCGAGGGUCUAGGUCUAGGGUCCCGACUGGCAACGGUCCCGUGGCCCAAGACCAAGAAGUGGACUCCUUAUCUCCUCGGCCUGGGUUACGGUCUCUCGACACCCCUCGCUAUCGCUAUCGGUCUGGGCGUCCGCAAGACAUAUCCACCAGAGUCAAGGACCACGCUCAUCACCAACGGUAUCUUCGACUCCAUCAGUGCCGGCAUUCUGAUCUACACUGGGCUUGUCGAGCUCAUGGCUCAUGAGUUCAUGUUCUCGCCCUACAUGCAGAAAGGGCCGGUGAGCAGGACACUGUGGGCGUUCUUGCUCAUGGUUCUUGGCGCUGGAUUGAUGUCCCUGCUAGGUUACUGGGCUUGAACGCACUGAGCUUGGCAUUGGCUAACCCGACCAUCUCAUAGCAAUCUUCGAGCUCCGUAUUUCAAGUACCUAGGGAUUCAUCUGGGAGCGUAACAUACCGUGCAUAAUUCAUAUUGGUCUUGGUUAUGUCUCCCGUGUUGGACC